CAAACAAACACAAGCAAAGGGAUUAGUUGUGGACGAUACUCGAUAGAGAAGAUAGAUUCGCUCGAGAGCUUCGCCUGAGACAUUUAUGGCGGCAGCUUCUUCCAGGGCUUUCUUGCUCUCUCGAUUCGCCGACAUCUCACUCUUUCACCACCAACCACCUCCCUACUCCCACCACCUCCUCAUCCGUCCCUUGCCGCCUUCCUUCUCCGCCAUCACCACCUCCAAGAAACGUCCAGGUCCUGUUGCUAUUGUCAGCUGUCUUAUAUCCGGAGUAGAUGGCGGUGGCGUCUCCGAUGAGUUUGUGUCCACACGCAGGUCCGUCUCGUUCGAUCGUGAAUUCUCCGUCAUCGCCAAUAUGCUGAAGAAGAUCGAGCCGUUGGAUACUUCCGUGAUCUCCAAAGGCGUUUCCGAUUCGGCUAAGGAUUCCAUGAAGCAGACCAUAUCUACGAUGCUAGGGUUGCUUCCAUCAGAUCAGUUCUCCGUUAUGGUUAGAGUUUCGAAACGUCCUCUUGAUCGCUUAUUGUCCUCUUCGUUAAUCACAGGGUAUACCUUGUGGAAUGCUGAAUACCGGAUUAUGUUAAUGAGAAACUUUGAAAUUUCUCCUUCUAAUGAUUCGAAAAAGCAAAAUUGUGGCGAGGAUAAUGAGGUUUCAGAUGAGAAAGUCGAUAAAAGUGAAUGUUUAUGUGAUAGUGUCGUGAUGGAAUGUUGCACUGAGGAAUCCGAGAGGUUAAAUCUACAAAGUUGUUUGGGUGAUUUGACUCCUGAAGCCAUGAAUUACAUCCAACAGUUGGAAUCAGAGCUAUCUACAGCCAAAAAGGAACUGCAUGCUAGGAAGCAGGAGAAUAUGCAAAUUGAAAACACAAGAGAAAGUGACAAUGAUCUAUUGAAGUACUUGCGCUCAUUGGAUCCUGACAUGGUGAAUGAACUAUCAAGACCAUCAUCUUCAGAGGUUGAAGAGGUUAUACAAGAACUUGUACAGUGUACAUCAAGAAAGUUCUUCAAGGAAGAAACAACAGAAAAUUUGGACAUAGGAAGCCAAGAAAAUUACCCAAAUGAUAAUGAUAACUUCUGUGACACCAUUGGGACUUCACGAGAUUACUUAGCAAAGUUGCUUUUCUGGUGUAUGCUAAUGGGGCAUCAUUUGAGAGGGUUGGAGAACAGAUUACAUCUGAGUUGUGCAGUGGGGUUGUUGUGAUAAAAGAUAAAACAAGGUAGAAAGAUUGUAUAUGCUUUUCCUUUUUUGAAAUUUACUGUUUAUACUUAUUAAGAUUACUACAAGCAAGUCAUGAUUCAAUGCCAUGUUCUUGAUUGUAUUUAUCAUGUAAUUUAACUCAUCCUCCAUCCACUUAGGCCUAC